AUGGCCGUCCCACCAGCGUACCACGAAUCCCUCCCAUACAUCGACCCCGAACCCUCCCCAGAAGCCCUCACCGCCGCCCGCGCCCUCAUCGCCGCCGAGCAAUCCACCUUCUCCCCUCCACCAUCCUCUUCCUCCUCCACUUUGCCAGAACCAACCUUCUCGCCCGCCAUCGCCGCCGAACUCGCCCGCAUCGCAUCCUCCCAACCCUCCCAACCCCUCGACCUCUCCCGCUACGAAGCUCAAGAACUCCCUCCCCCUCCUCCCAAAAAAUCAACGCGCUCCAAAAAGUCAAAAACCUCAUCAUCCUCCUCCUCCGCAGCAGCAGUAGAAGCAUCAAGGCAACCCCUCUCAAACGCCUUCAUCUCCUCCUCCUACCUCUUCUCCCGCGCCCAAAACCUGUCCCUCCUCGACUCCCACGGCAAAAACGCCUGGCUCCUCGGAAACUACCACCUCGAGGCCGAGCUCCGCAGCCUCGAGCGCGACCUCGCCGCCACAAAACGCGACAUGGACCUCCUCAACGCCGCCCGCGCGUCCCGCCAGAACGACGUCAAAGGCGAGAUGCAAGGCCUGGAGCAAAACUGGCGCGAGGCCGUCGGCAGGGUUCUCGAGACGGAAAUCGCCGUCCAGGAGCUCAGGGAGCAGAUACGACAGGAGCUGAGGAGCAGGGCUUCCGCUGCUGAGCAUGCUACUGCCUAA